AUGAGGUGUUCUAUCUGGGUAGCAACAGCUCUUGUUGCUGUGGCUUAUUGCCAAUACGAUAUCGAGGAAGGACAUUCAGAUGGGAACAUCUACCACCAAAGUGGGGUAAAAACAAAUGACAGUGUUUCGGAUCUUGCCAAACGACUAGUUUUAGGAGGAUUCGAUUACGUUUAUGGACCAUUCUACGGAGGUAUGGUGCCAUUUUACGGUGGCGGAUUAGCAGGUUUUGGAUAUCAAGAACCAACACCAAGCGGCUAUCAGCAACCACCGCCUCCAUUGCCGUAUAGUUAUCCGCCAAUGCUACCCGCUGUCGAUUACCACCAACUAAUUCCACCUAUCUGCUGUGAUUAUCUUCGUCCAACAAUAGUUUGUCAACCUUUCGAUGGUGCGUUUGUUGUUGCUCCUCCACCAAUUUCCAAUCCGUCUAAACAUCAAGUAUUCGCAGACGUCAAGUCAAUGCAAAAGAUGGCGAGCCGAAAAAAAUUGUUCAACAAGUCUUAG